AUGCACUGCUUUGCCCCUCAUGCCCUCGUGGCGCUCGCUUUGUCUGCUCUUGUGGCGGCCGUCCCAACGACAUCAAGCACGACUCCAUUCUCAUUCGUGCAAUGGGUUGAGGAUAUCAUCGCCAACCCUGACGGUGACCACCCGUCGCCCGAGGAAGCCGUUGCCAUGAAGGCGGCAGAAGGUUCUCAUCCCAUCGUUAAGAGGGCGAAUUGCAACCUGAACUUUCCUCGCGCCGACGGUAAUGGCGCUGCCUAUUGCCUCGGGUAUCUCGCUGGACUUGGGUCCAAGGGCGUGAACUGCAGCCUUGAACAGAAUCAAAAUAACGUCCAGAUGUGGAGGCAGGGAAAUGCCAAAAUUGUUGGUACUAAAACCACGGCACCCGCUGUGAGCGUCAACUGGUGA